GUCUGUAACAGCAGCCGUCAGUCUCCUGUAAGGUCCCGUUAGCUUCUGUUAGCUUAUAUUAGCUGAAGUGAAGCGAAGCUCAGAGUUCAUCUUGAACCUCCUGAAGCAUAAAACGGAGCGUUUUCCUUAUCUCCUCCGAGUUUGCUGGAUCAAGCUGGAAUGACUCCAGACACAGUAUGAGAUCGACUCGCUGCUAGCUAGCACUGCUGCUGUCCCACUGUUUAACUAGCUUUAACUGCUAGCUCAUUUGACGUUAUUUCCCUAUGUCCGACUAGCGCGCUAAAGGAACCUGCUAACACUAUUAACCAGUUAGCUGUUGCGUUUAUGUUCUGCUUGUUGUGAUGAAAACACCCAGGGGAAGCCGCUAGCAUGGACACAGCUGCGGAGUAAAUAACUGUCUCAGCGGUGUGAAGGAGUCCGGUCCAUCAGUGGUCAGCCUGGUGUGAAUCAGUUUUAGACUCUGUAGAGACCUUCUUCAUCUGAUCUGAGGUCAGAGUUUUACCUUCAGUUUGAGGAGCCCCAGCAGCAGUCAUGCUGACCUAGAAUCAGCCGUUGGUUUGUGCAGUGUGAACUGAGUAAUCCAGAGACCGAGACCAUGUCUGAGAACCAGGCCAACAACAAUGUCCCUCUGAACAACAACAACAACAACAACAUGGGACCCAACAGGAUCCGGAACCCCAACAUGAACCAGAACCCUCUCAUCAAUGUCAGAGACCGCCUCUUCCACGCCCUCUUCUUCAAGAUGGCGGUCACAUACGCCCGACUGUUCCCCCCGUCGUUCAGGAGAGUCUUCGAGUUCUUCGUCCUGCUCAAGGCGCUCUUCGUCCUCUUCAUCCUCGCCUACAUCCACAUCGCCUUCUCUCGCUCGCCCAUCAACUGUCUGGAGGUGGUGAGGGAGCGCUGGCCUCGUGACGGCAUCCUGCGGGUCGAGAUCCAGAGGAACUCCAGCCGAGCCUCCGUCUUCCUGCAGUACUACGACUCCGCGGGCAUUCAGGAGGAGCUGGAGGCCGAGGAGGGGGGAGGAGGAGCAGGAGUAGUGGGUCUUAGCCUGGCUGCGCUGCAGGAGGAAGAGGAAGAUGAGGAGGAGAUGACCCUGGAGAUGUUUGAUAACAGCUCGGUGCAGUUUGAGCUGGACAUCGAGCCUCGUCUGAAGCCGUCUCUGAUUGGAGGAGGUGUCGGAGGAGGAGGAGGAGGAGGAGUAAACGACAGCCAGGAUGUCUCCUUCAGCCAGACCACUAAAGGUAUGCAGCCGCUGAAGGACUCAGUGUCUGAGCUGGAGAUGAUGACCAGAGCAGUGUGGCCUCAGGAGGAGUACAUCGUGGAGUAUUCUCUGGAGUACGGCUUCCUGCGUCUGUCUCAGAGCACCAGACAGAGACUCAACAUCCCGGUCAUGGUGGUCACUCUGGAUCCCAUGAAGGACGAGUGCUUUGGUGACGGCUUCAGCCGCUUCCUGCUGGAUGAGUUUCUGGGCUAUGACGACAUCCUGAUGUCCAGCGUUAAGGCGCUUGCUGAAAAUGAGGAGAACAAAGGAUUUCUGAGGAAUGUGGUGUCUGGAGAACAUUACCGCUUUGUCAGCAUGUGGAUGGCCAGAACCUCCUACCUGGCUGCUUUCGUUAUCAUGGUCAUAUUUACUCUGUCAGUGUCCAUGCUGCUCAGAUACUCUCACCACCAGAUCUUCGUCUUUAUCGUGGAUCUUCUUCAAAUGUUGGAGAUGAACAUGACCAUUGCCUUCCCAGCAGCCCCCCUGCUCACGGUCAUCCUGGCCCUCGUCGGCAUGGAGGCCAUAAUGUCGGAAUUCUUCAACGACACGACGACGGCCUUCUACAUCAUCCUCAUCGUCUGGUUGGCCGAUCAGUACGACGCCAUCUGCUGCCACACCAACACCAGCAAACGUCACUGGCUGAGGUUCUUCUAUCUGUACCACUUUGCCUUCUAUGCAUAUCACUACCGCUUCAACGGUCAGUACAGCAGUCUGGCCCUGGUCACCUCCUGGCUCUUCAUUCAGCACUCCAUGAUCUACUUCUUCCACCACUAUGAACUUCCUGCCAUCCUGCAGCAGAUCAGGAUCCAGGAGAUGCUGCUGCAGAAUCAGCAGGCGGGUCAGGCCAACCAGACGGCCCUGCAGGACAACCUCAACAACAACCACAGUGCUGCUGCCGCUGCAGGUCCAGGACCGGGACCAGCAAACGCUACCCAACAGGGACCUGACCCCGACCAGCCGGGGAGUCCUCAGACCGACCCCCAGCUCCCCUCCUCCUCUGCAGCAGCAGCGGCAGCAGCAGGAGGUGGAGGGGAGGUGAGGUCGGAGCUGAACUGGGUAGCUCAGACAGCUGCCAUCAUCACUGAAGCUCUGUCCUCCAACCAGCACCCCUCCUCCACCAACUCCUCCUCCACCAACCCCUCCUCCACCAACCCCUCCUCCACCAACUCCUCCAAUGGGCUCAGUGAAAGAGGCGCAUCAGCAGGUCAGGGAUCAGCAGGAGCAGCAGAGGUCAGUGUGGUGGCCGAGUUCUGGAUGGGAGGAGGAGGAGGAGGAGCAGCAGCAGCAGGAGGAGGUGAAGAAGAUCCAAACAUCGUUUCAGUGGAAUUUAAAACCACAGCAGGAGGAACCAAUCCUCCACCCAGCCCUCCAAUCAGAGGGCUCCAGCCGGCGGAGGUGGGGUCCGUAGAGGCAGCCCCCCCACAGACAGACUGCCCCCCCUCACAGAGUCCAGGUACAGACUGGGACUGCAGAGCAAUGCAGCAGCAGCAGCAGAGCUCCUCACAGACCCCGUCCUGAGAGUCCAGGUGUGGUCCGGCUGACAUCAUCUCACCUGUCUGACACGCUGCCUCAGUCUGUCACCUGUCAGGGCCAUCCAUCACUGCUUCGUGAUUGGCUGAUCAGGGAGGAGUUUUCCUUAUGAUUCUCAUUCUACAUUUUUAUUGUUUAUUUGAAACCGAUGAUUCAUUGGUUAGUUCAAAGUUUCCCAACCUGAGGGUCGGGACCCCGCACGAGGUCCCAAGAUGAAUCUGAGGGGUCAAACGGUUCAUUAGCUGAACAGGAAACUGUCGUUUAGCUUGUGAAUUACACAAUCAUUUCCCUACGUGAGUCUUCAAUUUAAACAAUGAUUCUGUCUGGUUCAGCUGGUCAGGGAUCAGAUUUGAAACUAAUCUGAAUCCAGUUCAGUUCAGAAGCUGGAACCAGCUGAUCUUCAGGACAGUUACUGAUUGGACCUUAGAACAGAUCAGCUGUUCUCAGGUCUGUCUGAGGUGAUCCUGAUAGUUUCACUGUGAGUUCAUCUCAUUUUUGUCCGUUUAGUCUGAAAUGAAUCUGUGAAAGGUUUCUGUGUUUCUCAGGGCCCAAACGAUGCCUUCAGUUGUUUUGUUUUGUCCAAAACUUAAAGAUCAGAAUUGUGCUGUCCUCAGACGAGCUGCUGCUCCGUCAUGUUUGGGAUUUAUGGUAAAUAAAAUAAUCAGCUAGUCGUUUCUCUGGAUUAAACACCAUUAUUAUAGAAUAUAUCUAAAUAUAACAAAGCUUUUCAGACCGGACUCAUGACUGUGGGACAUAAACCCAUAAAUCAGAAGACUAUCAGUGAACACUGAGAGUUUCGCUGCUUGGCGGCUCAGUCAGGUGAUAAUUUAAUGUAAAAAAAACUCAGAAUAGAGUCAAACAGCUCAUUAAAAUCUCUUCAGGUCACCUGAACCUGCUUCUCUGGUGGUUUGAUGUCACGUUCAGACUCAAACCAGCAGUGGAUGCUAACAGUGGAUGCUAACAGUGGAUGCUAGCUGCUAACAGUUCUGUGUGCAUCGAGCCUGGUAGAUCUUCUUCCUCUGAGCCACAGAGCUCCAUUAAAACACAUCAGUGAGCCUUGCACAUGUUCUUCAUCACCAUGAACACACACACACACAAUGUGGAUUCAUCCGCCGCUGAAAAUAGUCCCAACAGAAGCUCUAUUUCCUGUUUGUCUGAUUAAAAACUACAGAGAGCAGCUGUUUGAGGAAAUUAAUGAAGCGUUUUAAUCACGAAACUAAAUAUCUGUGAGAUCUUUUUGAAGAUUUACGCCUUCAGCAGGAACCAAUGAGCUCAGAGCCACAGACAGGAAGUCCGACCGUACUGACAGACGGACCAACAACAAAAACACCAGACUGGUCCUUUAACUCAGUCGAACGUCACUUUAAACACUGAAAAUCAGCAGAAGUUGGUGAGCAUCACUGAUUCCCCAGAGAAAGAUUUAAACACUCAAACUCAUUUUUAUUGACCCUGAUGAUCAGUUAUUGAUCAGUUAUUGAUCAGUCAAUCCGUUGAUCGGCCUUGAUUCUGACAGACUGAAGCACAACCUCGGUCUGUGUUGAUUUCUGUUUCCACUUGCUUUUAUUUUGAAGAAAAUGACUCUUUGAAGACAGGAAGUUGUUGUAGAGCGUUUUGGUGGUCAGACUGAUUUGGUGGAUCAGGAUUUCCUGUCAGAACGGAUGCCUUAUCAAUAAUCCUCAGACUGUCUGUGGACACUUCAGAGACGUCAGCAGUGGAGCAAGCUGAUUGGUUGUGCAAUAUGUCGUCAGCUGUGUCACACCCCUGGCUCCGCCUCUUAUCAGAAGGCGUGGCCUGUCACUGCGAUGCGUUCAGGGAACCGAAGGCAGAAACUGCUCAUCCUCUCGAGUUGAGAUGCCUGGAUGUGCGUUCGGCUCCACAUCGGCUCGUAAGCUUCAGUGCUGACCUCAGGUCUGCUGACCUCAGGUCUGCUGACUCCAGGUCUGCUUCCUGCAGGCGGCCCGUCGUUUCAAAUGGUGAAUGCUGUACACUUUUGAAAAGUGAUUUAUUGAAGAAUCUACAUAAACAGAUAAAUAUCCAACAUGACCAAACGGAAAAGUAAACAGCAGAAUCAAACUAAACUGAAGAUGAAAUGUUCCGAAUCCCAACAGCCCAAAUAAACUGCCCUCAAUAAUCCUCAAAUAAAGUAUGAAAGUAAUGCAGCCCCCGCUGUUUCAGAAGUGAUUCCUCGUGUUCGGUUAAAUGACGUGUUUUUUUACGACGAAAUUGUAGGAAAAAUGUUUCCGUUUGAGUUUUUUUUUUUUUUUCCAGAUCAAAGUCUGUUGGGAAGGAGGCGGAGCCUGAAGUGUGACAUCAGCAUUAGACUGUGGGGUUUGGGGGGUUGUUGGGGGAUUUGGGUUAGUUUGUUUUUUUUCUUCUUCGUGCCUCUCUGCUGGAUGACUGUACCCUCAUUAGCUGAUCUGAAGCCUGAAUCUCAUCAAACUGUAUUUAACUGUCCAGUAAAACCAGUAA